CCGCUUUCGAUUCACCUCCUCGAUUCUCAACACUCGGUCAAUCAUGGCGAAGGGCCCGUUUCUCACUUUAGAAGACUUCAAAACGUGCUUCAAUCUCUUCUGCUGCAUCUACGGCAUUGGAACGCUUGGUAUGCCCGGUAACUUCGCUCGUGCCGGCCCAACUUUGGCAUGUUUUGCCUUGGCCUUCAUGGCUUUUGCCAACACCUACUCUUCAAUCACGAUGUCCAAGGUCAUACUUCUUGCCCCGCGAUCGGUCAACACCUUUGGUGACCUGGGCGAGUGGAGUAUGGGGAAGACUGGACGCUACUUAUGCGUCAUCUCUCAGAUGGGCUCGUGUCUCCUGAUCCCGUGCGUCUUCUUGAUCCUCGGCGGCCAAUUGCUUGAUGGUCUGUUCCCGGACGCGUGGAGCCAAAACACCUGGACUGUUUUCAUGGCACUCAUGGUGCUGCCGGUGUGUCUGGUUCCUACGUUGAAGGAAGGUUCGGGCGCUGCUUUUGCCGGUUGCUUCGGAACGAUCCUUGCCGACAUUAUCGGCGUAUCAGUCGUCAUGUACGGCAUGCGAGGACACCCGAGUGUGCCGUUCCCGGAACUCAAGUUUGAGCAGGUGGCCAACAUGUUCGGAAACUUGUCGCUCGCUUACGGUGCUGGCAUUAUUAUCCCUGAUCUACAGCGCCAGCACAGUGACCCGAGCCGCAUGCCUCGUAUUGUAGGCAUCACCGUCAUCUUCGUGUCGUGCCUCUUCUUGAUCCUGUCCAGCACUGCCUAUUCUGCAGUGGGCUGUCAGAUCUCCGGCAACCUUCUCUUCACGAUCUACCCGGACAGCGCCACCGGAAUGACGUCGCUGGGCUUCAAACCGAGAUGGGGUGUUGUGGUAAUGGCCUACUUGUUCAUGCAGCUCCACAUUACCAUCGCAUUCUCGGUUAUCCUAAACCCGGCCUUCUACAUCGCUGAACGUCUGCUUCUAGGCAUGCACAAGAAGAAGGACAUGGAGAUCGAGAAUGGCUUCGGUUUCGAAGAGUCUGCCACACCUGCCGACAUGCUGUCGAAGCAGUCGGACCCCGGAAACGUCAAUGUCAACCGCCCGGUCCGUCGGAGCUCCAAGAUGUCGUUUGUAUCAGUGGCUGACUCGGAGCGUGUGCACAAAGACGACGAAGAAGCGGAGGCUGCCGAGUACACUGGAUCGAACGUGUUCAAGUACGUCGCUCUUCGUAUCACCGUCGUCAUCAUUUUGGUGAUUGUGGCGAUCGUAUUCAAGGAUCACUUCUCUGAGUUCUCGGACUUUAUUGGCGCGUCAUGUAUCACCACGAACUGCAUUCUCUUACCGAUUCUUUUCUACUUCAUGAAGGCCUGGGCGCGAGUCCCGAUGUACGAGAAGGCUGCCGGCAGCAUUGUGCUGUUCGUGUGCUUUGUUCUCGGAUGCUACGUCACGUACACGACUGGCAAAGAGCUCUUCUUCCCGAGUGACAACGAUGCGGAAUUCCCGUUCUGCGACUCCGAAUAUGAAAACAAGGUCUACUACAACUACACGGCUGCUCACGAGAACUAGCAAACUAGUUGGACGCUCAGCUUUGUAUCGGAGUAGGUCGUGGCUCAGUAUUGUCUCAUGUCACUUGCAAUAAGAAAACAAGAAAGUAUGUACUACAGUA